AUGAAGACGCCUUUGGACGCUACUUAUGUUGUGGAACGCUCUAUCCACCAGCUGGUCAAAUUUCUGUUCCUGUCCUUCAUUCUUGCCUUGGCCCUCACACACACAAGCAAGAGCCUAUGGCUGAACGUGCCAUUGGCCCUUGCUGCCGUGGCUGGUCUGUACUGGCUCAGUCUACAAGUGGAGAUCCGAGCGCGCAGCAAUGGGACAUCAGCAUUUUACCGGAGGGGCAGGAAAGAGUCAGAGGAGUUUGGGUCGGAGGGUGCCACAUACACAGCCUCAGUGCCCCCACCGGCGUCCAACAAGUCAGAUACCAAGUGGAGGGAGCAGGUCGGAUCCCCAGUCGUGGAGCAUGCCUGGGAGACUCUCUGCGGCAGCAUCAUCCAGGAGUUUGUGUAUGACACAUGGUACGCGGUGCUGACACCGGACCGGGAGUUCCCGAGGGAAAUCCGCCGCAUACUGAAUACGGCGUUUGGCGAACUGGCCGGCCGCGCACGCCGUGCAGACGUGCGCAAGAUGCUGCUGGGGGACGUGAGCGCGCUGUUCAUGGAGCAGAUCAUGCUCUACCGCGACACGCGCGACAGCAUCCUGGCCGGCUUGGACCACGACGCGUGGCGAGUCAUGCCCCUGGAGGCUCGCGAACGCGCGCUGCAGGCGGAAAUGAAGGCGGACUGCAACCUGCACCCCGCGCUGUACCCGCCCUCCCCGGACGGCUCCGCCACGCUCGGCCACUACAAGGUGAUGCGGCACAUCUCAGAGGGGCUGGUGGCUUUCAUGCUGGAGCGGCAUGACCAUGCGAAGCCCAUCCUGCGAAGCGUCGCACGCGAGCUGCUGAGCUCCUGCGUUCUGCGCUGCCUCAUGUUCUUCUUCAACCCCUACACCGCCAACAAGCUCAUCCUGUCGCUGCUGAGGGAGAAGGUGGAGCGAAAGCCUCUGGGAGUGGAGGAGCUGGCCGCUGCAGCAGUGGCUGCCAGCAGCGCCGAGCCCCUCACCAAGGCACGCGACCUGUUGUGUCACCUUCUCCUGAUGGGUCCCACCUAUCUCCCUAAUCUGCUGCAUCUGCGUAAUGCGCAGCAGGACAUAGAGCAGCGGGCGCGGCAGAGCGCGGCGGCCGAGGACAGCCACGCGGCGUCGGUGCGAGCGGCCAAGCAGGCCCAGCGUGAGCGCGGAGCCGCCGCCCUGCAGCGCAGCCGCUCGGAAGCUGUGCCCUCCCCGCGCGGUCCCUCCCCCAGCAGAAAGGAUCGCCGCAACUGGUCCCCCGGCAAGCGAGACAAGUUCAAGGCGCCGCCCAGCCCGAUGCAGCCGCACAAGGCGCAGAGCGAGGCGGCCUCAGCAGCGCCGCAGCAGCGCUCCAACGAGGGCGCCACCGCCAGCUCAUCCGUGCGCGACGGCUCCGACGGUUCUGAUGACUGGGAAGAUGUGUAUCAGGUAAGGCGGGCAGCUAAUCCAGGCGGCUCGCGCCACGGCAGAUCGGUCAGCAUGUCGCAUGCCGACAGCCCCAGCCCCGCCUACGGCCAGGAAGCAGAGGGCGACUGGUUGGGUCCCGGUGAUAUGGGCCGAAGGGAAGCCAACGGCACGGCCGGCGCGGCGGUGUUUGCCGACAGCAAUUUCACGCCCGACCCGGACAUACCUGAAGGGCCGCAGGCCCCUGGAACAGAGCGCUACUGCUUCAUAGGGCAGCCACUCGCCAGGGUGGUGGCUGCGGAGCUGUGCACGGAGGGCAGCAAGGACGUGGUACUCUACAAGAUCCGCGUCGCCGACGCGUCCGGCGAGUGGACCGUCUCGCGGCGCUUCCGCAACUUUGAGACGCUGCACCGCGCGCUGCGCGAGUCGGCGGCGUACCGGCUGCGGCUGCCGGCCAAGCGCAUAUUCAGCCAGCAGCACAGCGUCGAGUUUGUGGAGGACCGUCGCCAGCAGCUCGACGCCUACCUGCAAGCCCUGCUCGCCAACCCCGUUGUCGCAGGGUGCAAGGAGGUGUGGGAAUUCCUGAGCAGGUGGAGCGAGCUGUAUGCGCUGGACAGCGAAGGCGGCUUCCUCCGAUCUGUCUCGGCCAAAAUCCAGGGCGCCAACACAACCAUGCGCAGGUGCUGCUUAACUCAACUGGCGGUGGGGGACAUGGUGGAGGAGAUGGACAUGACGCGCCGCAAGUCGAUGGCGCGGCUGCGCAACCGGGGGGACGCUCCCGAUGUUUCCCUGGACGGCCAGCCCAUGCACAGGGCCUCCCGGUCCUUCUCCAGGGACCUGGGAAAAUUGCGGCACUUGGGGGGCGGAAGGAAAGCAAAUGGCGGUGGCCAGGACGUUGUAACCCAGCCGCCCCCUUUCCAGGCGAUGCAUGCGCCGGGCAGUGCAGGCAGCAGCGGGACGGGCAGCGGGAGUGUGCGCAUGCUGCGCAUCAGCGGCCCCUCCGACCUCAUCAACGGCGCCGGGCAGCUGCUGGCUGCCGGCGCUCGGCAGGUGCAGGGCGUGAAGCAGGUGCUGCAGGGCGCGGAAGACAGGCCAGAGCCGCGGCAUUUCCCAACGUCGGCGUUGAUGCCGGCGCCGUCGUUCAGCGUGGACGACAUUCCCGUGGAGGAGUUCCAUGGGGAGCUGCUGCACUACUCCCGCCCCGCCUCCCUGCAGAGCCAAGCCAAUAGCCCCACCGAGACCCCCCUCAGUGCGACACCGGCCAGCUCCAGGGGCCACUCGCCAACCAGGCAGGCGGCGGAGCAGCAGAGAGGGGGGCCCGCCGGUGGGACCCAGGUCCAGCGGAGGACGGAGGCAACGCCGCCGCACACCGAGCAGCUGCACCACUCCAGCAGCGCUCAGGACCUUGCCUCCACCGCCAAGGUCACGCGCUUCAGACAGGAAUCAAUGCAGAAGGCCAACUCGCUCGAGGCCCCCGACACCUCAGAGCAGCAGGCGGACGAGGCCGCGCUGUCGCGAUCGGCGCCCUCGACGGGGGGCACCCCCCAGCCGCCACAGCCAGGGGAGCCCCCGCCGCCGAAGCCGCGGGGCCCCCCGCAGCGGGGGGACACUGGCCACAUCAGCUUUGGGGGCAUUGUGCAGUCGCCGUCCGUUGCCAGCGUUGCGGCCAACAUAGAGGCGGUUGGGCCGCCCUCCGGGCUGCGUGUGCCUGACCUCAUGCGGGAUGAUCCGGACAUGGCGGAUUGGGAGGAGGCUGCUGGCAUCUCCGCGCCGCUGUACGACAUAGUGGACACGCUGUUCGAGCUGCAAUCGCGCGGCUUCUUCCGCAGACAGGUGUUUGGCGUGGCGCGUCAGGUGCUGUCGCUGGUGGCAGGCGGCGCGAUAGACGAGUGGCUGCUGAGCAACAUGCGCGCGCUGCGCCAGGAGCACACCCUGGCGCGCCUCCUCUGCCACCUGCAACGCCAGCUCUGGCCCGGCGGCGCCUGGUUCCAAUCCCUCCCCGAAAAUCAGCACCCGGCGGGCAAGCCGGCGCAGCGGUGGGUGAUGACGGCGGAGAAUUUUCUGGCGGCCCACGGGGAUCCGCCCAUUGACGAGGACGAGAUCCGCGAGGCCGUCUGGGAGCUGCUCUUCGCGCGCGCACCCCCCGCCCUUGUCAGGGUCGUCGGCAAGCAGGUCUACCACAGCGGCAUGGCGGACCUGUUUGAGAUGAUGCAGUCGCGCACCUUCAUGCAGCAGCUGGGCUACGGCCUGCUCAAGAUCGGCCUCGUCAACCUGUUCCCCGAGCUUAAGCUGCUCUUCCGCAAGAUCGAGCGGGGGGCCCUCGAUGCCACCGCCGGCCCACCGGGUCCCCCCAUUACCACUGCAACUGCCAAUUCAGGCUCGGAGCCUUCGCAUGCCGCAGCCCCAGCAGCUUCAUCAAAGCCUCCAAAACACUGA